AGUGAUGCUGCUGAACAGAUGCAUCGACGCCGAAAAGAAGAACAAGUAAACGAACAUUUAAUAACGGCAAAUCGACGACGAGAUUUACUCGUGUCGGCGCGGCUUAUGGAAAAACUGACAACUCUGCUGACAAAUCCUGGCGGCGCAUGGGCUGAUCCUAGCAAACACUAUGACAUUUUCUGGAAACUGGAUGUAUGGGAGGAUGAUUCGAGACGUCGUAAACGUUUCGUGCAAAAUCCUUACGGUUGCCAUCACUCAGCAGCUCGCCUCAAAUCAGCUAUGGAAAGCAAAUCUUCUGCCAUCGAGGUACUUCUUUAUCUUUUAGGCCAUCCCAGCAUCUUGCUGAGAUUGUGGAUGAGAAUCCCCGGUGGUACUGUGACUCGUUUCGAGUCCGAUGCAUUUUUCAUAGAAGUUAUAGGGCAAUUUUUUUGCAAAAGUGUCAUGAGAUACUCGUUUUUCGUGCGCUUUCGCAGUAAUAAUCAUUGUGAAAUGGUGCAUAUUCUAAUUCCUUCUCCUUCCAUCCGUAACUUUUUUCGUUGCAAAAAAAGAACUCUCCUGAGCUUGGGAAACUUGUCUGGUCAUGGCUACACUUUUUUUUGUUGAAA